AUGAAGACUUUUACAAUUUUCAUGUUAGUGGUUGCAGCAGCAAUUUUGAGCGACAAUGCAGAUGCAAAGAUUUUCAAGAAAAAGAAAUGGUUCCCAACAUUCCAUCUUGGUCUUGCGAAUACAUUUGGAACAAGUGACAAAGGACCUGUAGCAUAUGAAGAACAUCCCAAAGUUGUGGAAAUUGUGAAACAUGUUCCCGUCAUUCAAAAAGUUGAAGUUAUUAAGCCCGUAGAAAUCAUAAGAACUGUGAAUAUUCCAGUUGAGGUUAUCAAAGAGGUUGAACUCAUAAAGCAUGUUCCAGUUAUUCAAGAAGUUGUAAAGGAAAUUGAAAUCAUUAAAACGGUUGAAGUUCCAGUUGAAGUUAUCAAAGAAAUUGAAGUAAUUAAAGAAGUGCCAGUCGUGAAAACAGUCGAAGUUGCGAAACCUUAUCAAGUUAUCAAGCACAUUCCAGUCGUCAAGACAGUUGAAGUGGAGAAGCAAGUCGUUGAGAAAGUCCCCGUCGCCCAAAUUUCACAUUACACAAAAGAAAUUGCCCUCCCAAAAAUUCCACUCCCAAACCUUAAAAAUCCAUUAAACUUCUUACAUCCACAAACUCAAACUGCACAUCAAUACGAGACAACAUAA